AUGUAUAACGCGAAAGGAUUGUUGGUGAGAAUCGUUCGAAAUAAGCUAUGGAGAUUCGGUUAUCGGAGGAGCUUCUGUUCGCUUCAUGUCACAUCCGAGGACCUCGAUAACCAGGUUCUCGUUGAAGGAAGCGGUUGUUCCCGCACCGCGAUUCUCAAUCGACCACCUGCUCUCAAUGCUCUCACCACUCACAUGGGAAUGAGGUUGCAUAAACUUUAUAAGAACUGGGAAGAAGAUCCAAAUAUUGGGUUCGUGAUGAUGAAGGGGAGUGGAAGAGCAUUUUGUGCUGGUGGCGAUAUAGUCUCUCUCUACCAUUUACAAAAGAGAGGUAGCCCGGAUGCUAUUAGGGAGUUUUUCUGGACUUUGUAUAAUUUUAUAUACUUUCUAGGCACAUAUCUUAAGCCAAAUGUGGCAAUUCUUGAUGGUGUUACCAUGGGAGGCGGAGCUGGAGUUUCGAUACCUGCGACAUUCCGUGUAGCUACUGAUAGAACUAUUUUUGCUACCCCUGAAACAGUCAUUGGUUUUCAUCCUGAUGCUGGCGCUUCUUUUAAUCUGUCCCACUUACCUGGCCGCUUAGGGGAAUAUCUGGGUCUGACUGGGUUAAAAAUCAGCGGGGCAGAAAUGUUGGCAUGUGGCCUUGCGACGCAUUAUAUUACUAGUGAGGAGGUUCCUGUUUUGGAGGAACAGCUCAAGAAUCUGCUCACUGAUGAUCCUUCUGUUGUUGAAGCAUCCUUAGAAAAAUGUGCAGAAGUUGCCCAUCCAGAAAAGACUGGUGUUAUUCGCAGGAUGGAUUUACUUGACAAAUGCUUCGGUCAUGACACAGUGGAAGAAAUUAUCGACUCUUUGGAAAUCGAGGCUGGUAGAACAAAAGACGAAUGGUGCACGACGACUCUACGUAGACUCAAAGAAACCUCGCCGUUAUCCUUAAAGGUCGCAUUGAGAUCAAUCCGGGAAGGAAGAUUUCAAACACUUGAUCAAUGCUUAAUUAAAGAGUAUAGAAUGGCAUUACAAGGAACAAUCGGGAAAUUUUCCGGCAACUAUUGCGAGGGAGUACGAGCUCGAUUGAUUGACAAGGACGGUUCACCCAAGUGGGAUCCACCAAGCUUGGAGAAAGUAUCAGAGGACAUGGUUGAUGAAUAUUUCUCUCCAUUGACUCCCUCUGAGCCUGAUCUUGACCUUCCCAUCAAACUCAGAGAAAGCAUUUAG